AUGUACCGCAUGGUAAAGUUUCAGCCGAGCGACCAGCUUUUCCAACGAAUCUUGUGGAGGAAUUUUGCUGAUGAACCAAUCCGUACGUAUGAGCUAACUACGGUCGCGUACGGAACUGCAUCCGCUCCAUAUUUAGCAACUAAAUGCCUGCAAACGCUGGCAAUAGAAGGAGCAGAUAGCUACCCUAACGCUGCUAAGUCUCUAAAGGAAGACUUUUACGUCGACGACUUGUUGACAGAAGUGGAAACAAUCGAAGACGGAAAGUUGUUGGUCCAGGAGAUGGUAGAAUUGACCGAGUCGGGAGGAUUCACCUUGAGGAAGUGGGUGUCUAACGAACCACAACUCCUAGGAGACUUGUCGGAAAACUUGCUCGAUGAUCGCACCACGCUGGAGUUAGAUUCGUCCAGCUCAUCUGUGAAGACCUUGGGAUUGCUGUGGGAGCAUCGAUCCGAUAGAUUCAUGUUUCGAUCACCCGCAUGGAACGAUCAUUCUCCCAUUACAAAACGAAUCGUCCUAGCCGAUGCAGCUCGUCUAUUUGAUCCUCUUGGUCUGAUUGGCCCCGUGAUAGUACAAGCCAAAAUCUUUCUUCAGCAACUAUGGAAGCAGAAGUGCGAUUGGGAUGAACCACUUGCAACCGAAUCCCAGAACUUCUGGCUGGAAUAUCGAAGAAACCUGCUUGCGCUGGAAUCGCUUCACGUUCCACGUUGGACAGGAUUCAGCACUACCUCCGUCAGUACAGAGAUCCAUGGGUUUUGUGACGCCUCGGAAGUCGCCUAUGGCGCAUGUCUCUACCUCCGGAGCACAUCGGCUGAUGGAUCAGUCACCGUACGGUUGAUCACGGCGAAAUCACGGGUUGCGCCACUAGAAGAUCCAGAUCGAAAGAAGAAAAGGCAAUCAAUCCCUCGAUUGGAGCUCUCGUCGGCCUUACUCCUAAGUCACUUGUACGAAAAACUUGUGUGUAGCAUUCAAACGCCCAUGUCGGCGUAUUUCUGGACAGAUUCAAUGAUUGCCAAAUGUUGGCUGUCCUCGCUUCCAUCCCGUUGGCAAUCAUUCGUCGCCAACCGCGUGUCAGAGAUUCAACACAUUACCAGAUCAGGUGUUUGGAAUCACGUGGCCGGUGUGGAGAACCCGGCAGACAUAAUUUCGCGGGGCAUGGCGCCCGUCCAACUUCAAUAUCAGAAGCGUUGA